CCAUAUCGCUGUAGACUGCCACCAGCUUACUGCCCCAAAAUAAGUCACGCCCACCACCUCUGUAUCAUUUAUAUAGCCCCAGAGAAUCAGAGGGCAGGACACCCCUCUGGGAUGCUCUUGUUUCUCCUUCUGCUUGGCUCUCCCUACUGAAAUGUGUCUGUUCAGACAGCAUAUAUAACAGGAACAAGGUUCUUAAGUUUAGAAGAGAACAGCAGGAAGGGAGAGAUGGCAGCCCCGAAAGCCGACGACUUUCAGCCACAUCCCGUGAAGGAUCAGCUUCCCGGUGUCGACUUCUGCCUCACUAGCUCUCCUCCGUGGCCUGAAGCCAUAAUCAUGGGGUUUCAACACUACCUGGUGAUGCUGGGGACUACUGUGCUCAUCCCCACACUACUUGUUCCUCUCAUGGGUGGCGGAAAUGUGGAGAAGGCGGAGAUGAUUAACACCCUGCUGUUUGUCUCGGGGAUAAGCACGCUGUAUCAGUGCUGGUUCGGAUCGAGGCUUCCUGUUGUGAUCGGUCCAUCCUACACAUACAUCAUCCCUGCUAUCUCCAUUGCUCUGUCCAAACGUUACGACAUCUACAUAUACCCGCAUGAGAGGUUUGAGCACACUUUGAGAGGGAUGCAAGGAGCACUUCUCACGGCUUCAUUGUUCCAAGUGAUUUUUGGGUUCCUUGGUUUCUGCAGAAUAUUUGCAAGGUUUCUUUGUCCCCUGUCGGCAGUUCCUUUCGUAACCCUUGUUGGACUCGGGCUUUAUGCAAAUGGUUUCCCACAACUGGCAAGAUGCAUUGAGAUUGGACUUCCCGAGUUGAUUCUGCUGGUGAUCAUUUCUCAGCAUGUGCCUCACUUCAUGAAAUCACGAAGGGCCAUAUUUGAGCGGUAUGCUGUCCUAGUCUCGGUGAUGAUCGUGUGGGCAUUUGCUGCAGUUCUGACUGUUUCCGGUGCCUACGAUAGAAGAUCUCCCAAUACUCAGUUUAGUUGCAGGGUAGAUCGCACUGGGCUCCUUAGAGCAGCCCCUUGGAUAAAGUUUCCCUAUCCGUUCCAAUAUGGCGGUCCCACUUUCAAUGCCGGUGAUGCUUUUGCUGUGAUGGCGGCAGCACUGGUUGCCCUUAUAGAGUCGAUGGCGACAUUUAUUGCAGCAUCGAGAUUUGCAAGUGCUACGCCAGUGCCGCCCUCGGUGCUGAGUCGUGGAGUUGGUUGGCUGGGAUUAAGCACUUUCAUCGGCAGCUUUUUUGGCACGGGAGUCGGCUACACGGCAUUAGUUGAAAAUGCCGGUCUAUUGGGUUUAACCCGAAUUGGGAGUCGAAGAGUCGUCGAAAUCUCGGCUUGCUUCAUGCUCUUCUUUUCCGUGCUAGGAAAGUUUGGUGCAAUCCUUGCUUCAAUUCCGCUGCCAAUUUUCGCAGCUGUGUAUUGUGUCCUCUAUGCUUAUGUGGCUGCGGCAGGGCUUGGGUUGCUGCAGUUCUGCAACUUGAACAGCUUUAGGACGAAGUUCAUCCUCGGGUUCUCUCUCUUCAUGGGCCUCUCUGUUCCCCAGUACUUCAACCAAUACUUCUUUUACUCGGGUUACGGCCCCGUCCACACCCGUUCCAUUGCUUUCAACAGCAUAGUGCAAGUGAUAUUCACAUCUGCAGCAACUGUGGCCCUCAUCGUGGCCUUGUUCCUGGAGCGAACCCACAGCAUCGGGCACGGACCAGUUCGGAGGGACAGCGGGCGGCACUGGUGGGCAAAGUUCUAUACUUUUGAGGCUGACAUCAGGAGCGAGGAGUUCUAUUCGUUGCCCUAUAAUCUCAACAGGUUCUUCCCUUCAUUCUAGUGGUGAGUUCUGACUGAUCGGGAAUGGACGAACGGUUGGUUAGUUACAGUAUGAUGCUGAAUUCUUUUUUUGUUGAACUAGCUUAGAAGCAGAAAGAGUUCAAUACAUUUUAUUAUACGAGUGACAGAUGAGCCAAAAACAGACCUGGGCUUACUUUAUCUGCAAGAUACUUUUUAACUUAAUUCCGAUGUCAUAUACUGGUGAACAUAUAUAAAAGCUCAGGUAGUAAACUUAUCA